GGUUCCAUCUUCCUCCAACCUUCACUCUCCCCCAAAUUGCGUCGUCCAGAUAUUCAGCGGCCCACCAUGUUGUCCCGGUCAUUAUGGAGAAGUCUGCGCUCGACUGCCCAGCGAAGUGUCAGCGUGCCAGAGACUCCCUAUCGCUGUUUCUCCUGCACCGUUCGGGCGCAGAACCAAUUCAACAAGUCGGAUAGCGAACGAAUGACCCAUUUUGGCUUUACCAAUGUCCCGGAAGCAGAGAAGGAGUCCAUGGGUUGGUUUUCCUAUGACCGUUAGAGAAGAAAAGAACGAUGACUCUAACACCAUCCACCGAAUAGUGAGGUCGGUCUUUAGCUCGGUCGCCUCGUCCUACGAUGCCAUGAACGAUUUCAUGUCGCUCGGAAUCCAUCGCCUCUGGAAAGAUCACUUCGUUCGCUCUUUAAAUCCCGGAUCUGCGCUACCCUCUCGCGACACCGACGCAGCCGGCCGAGGGUGGAAUAUCUUGGAUAUCGCCGGCGGGACGGGCGAUAUUGCGUUUCGCAUGCUGGACCACGCGACCAACAUCAACAACGACCGGGAGACUCGGGUGACGAUCGCGGACAUCAAUCCCGAGAUGCUAGCGGAGGGCAAGAAACGGAGCAUCCAGACGCCUUACUACAAUUCGAAUCGGUUGUCGUUCAUGGAGGGCAACGCGCAACAUAUGCCCAGCAUUCCCGACAACUCCGUCGACCUCUACACGGUUGUCUUUGGAAUUCGGAACUUCACCGAUAAGCAGGCCGCUCUGGUGGAGGCCUUCCGGGUGCUGAAGCCCGGCGGCGUGUUCGCGUGCAUGGAAUUCAGCAAGGUGGACAACGAUCUCUUCAACGCCGUGUACAAGCAAUGGAGUUUCACUGCCAUCCCCAUGAUCGGUCAAUUGGUGGCCGGAGACCGCGACAGCUAUCAGUACCUGGUGGAGAGUAUCGAGAAAUUCCCCAGCCAGGAAGAGUUCCGGGGGAUGAUCCAGAAGGCCGGAUUUAUGAUCCCCGGACGAGGCUUCGAGAACCUUACUGGCGGAAUUGCGGCGAUCCACAAGGGCAUCAAACCGCUUCCCCAGGCUAAGGCUUAAGAAUCGCGGAGGUGAAGACUGCGGUGAUUGAUAUAUAAUGUACAGUAUGUAGAACUAGACCAUGUCCAGCUGAAAUAAAAUAAUCCAUUUCUGCUGUGGUUGCACCGUGUAAGAAUGGGGAUCUGCAAUGCGUCAAGGUAAGCGGCGAUGGUGUCAUUGCCGUAGAAUAAUUUAGGGAAUAUUAAUAAUUAUUGGGAGCACUGUGACAGAUG